UCCGUCCCUCUUGAGGCAACUUUUUCCAAACCUUUGGAAGAUGACAUCGUCGGCCAAGAUCACUGUUACAUUGGUAAGCAGCGACGGCCAUGAGUUUGAGGUGGCCAUUAAGGCCGCAACACAAUCAACGCUAAUAAAGAACAUGUUGGACGAUCUUGGCGUCUCCGACAAGAUCCCACUAUACAAUGUGAAUUCUGUGACGUUGGCAAAAGUCAUGGAAUACUGCCAGAAACAUGCCGAUCAUGAUGAGGCUGCCAAGACCGAGACCGACAUCGCCGUAAUCGGGGCCGGAGCCGCAAAUGGUGUCGCCAUGGAGGAACUGAAGCAGUGGGAUGCUGAGUUUUUGAAAGUGGAAAAUCAAUUGCUGUUUGAUAUUAUAUUAGCGGCGAACUACAUGGAAAUCGCAGGCUUGUUAGAUUCGUCUUGUCAGGCUGUGGCUGAUAUGAUCAAAGGGAAAUCGCCGGAGGAGAUUCGCCGGACUUUUAACAUAAAGAAUGAUUUUACUCCUGAAGAAGAGGAGCAGAAUCGUAGGGACUGUCAAUGGGCCUUUGAUUAA